AUUUUGGAAAAGAUCACAUCAUUUACCUUAUUUAGCACUUAAUUUUAGACUAUAUAAUUUGCUCUUUUCUUAUAUGUUACUGUCUUCUUCCCAAUAAUUCUUUGUUUAUAUAUGUAUAUGGAGAGAUACAUAUUUGCUUAUAUUUAAUGUGUUUCAAGUGAAGCAAAGACUGUGAGAGCAACAAAAAGAGGGAGAAAAAUGUAUGGAGAUUGUGAAGCUAUUUCAUCAAUGGGAGGGAACAUGGUGGUGUCUUCAGAAACUUUAUUUACAUCAACAUUUCAAAACCCUAAUUUCACUUACUUGCCUUUGGAGCCUUUACCUCCUAUGAUCACUAAAGAAGAAAAUGGGUCAUUGUUGAGAGGAAAAGAGGAGAUGAAAAGUGGUUCCGAAAGUGAACUACAAGAAACCACUGAGCAGCCAUUGAAGAAAAAACGUUACCAUCGACACACUGCUCAUCAGAUCCAAGAACUGGAAGCUGUUUUUAAGGACUGUCCUCAUCCAGAUGACAAACAAAGGAUGAAACUGAGUCAAGAACUUGGCCUGAAACCACGACAAGUCAAGUUCUGGUUUCAAAACCGGCGUACUCAGAUGAAGGCUCAACAAGAUAGAUCGGAGAAUGUGAUACUUAGAGCUGAGAAUGAUUCUUUGAAGAGUGAGUUUUACAGGCUACAAGCUGAACUCAGUAAACUCGUUUGUCCAAAUUGUGGUGGUCCACCAGUGCCUGGUGGGGUUUCUUUCGAUGAACUUCGUAUUGAGAAUGCUCGGCUUGGUGAAGAGUUGGAACGUGUGUGCGCCAUAGCUUCACGCUACAUCGGUCGGCCAAUUCAAACAAUGGGUGAAUUGAUGCCACCUUCAUUGGAAUUGGACAUGAACAUAUAUCCAAGACAAUUCCUUGAACCUAUGCCUCCUCCUAUCUUGUCCGAAACACCCUCUUAUCUCGACAAUAACAACCUCAUCUUAAUGGAAGAGGAGAAAACUAUUGCAAUGGAACUCGCUAUGUCCGCCACGGAUGAACUCGUGAAGAUGUGUCGAACAAACGAACCCCUUUGGGUUCGUAACAACGAAACUGGGAAGGAAGUGCUUAACCUCGACGAACAUUCCCGAAUGUUCCACUGGCCACUAAAUCUGAAGCAACGCUCAAGUGAAUUCAGGACCGAAGCUAGCCGUGAUAGUUCAGUGGUUAUAAUGAAUAGCAUCACUUUGGUAGAUGCAUUUGUGGAUGCCCACAAAUGGAUGGAGCUGUUUCCUUCGAUAGUAGCUAGAGCCAAAUGUGUUCAAGUUAUAUCACAAGGUGUUUCGGGAACCAACGGUUGCCUUCAAUUGAUGUAUGCUGAAUUGCAUAUGCUGUCACCAUUGGUGCCCACGCGAGAGGCAUAUUUCCUACGAUAUUGCCAACAACAAAAUGUGGAAGAUGAAACGUAUUGGGCAAUCGUUGAUUUCCCACUCGAUGGCUUUCAUAACAGUUUGCAGACAUCAUUUCCCUUAUACAAAAGAAGGCCUUCUGGUUGUUUGAUUCUAGACAUGCCUAAUGGCUACUCAAGGGUAACGUGGGUAGAACAUGCAGAGAUAGAAGAGAAACCAAUCCAUCAAAUAUUCAGCCACUUCGUACACAGUGGGAUGGCAUUUGGAGCAAAUCGUUGGUUAGCUGUUUUAGAGAGACAAUGCGAAAGGGUUGCUAGUCUCAUGGCCACUAAUAUCCCCGAUAUUGGAGUGAUACCAUCACCAGAAGCAAGGAAAAAUCUAAUGAGACUGUCCCAAAGGAUGAUAAGAACAUUCUGUGUGAACAUCAGCAGUUGCAGUGGUCAGGUUUGGACAGCUGUUCCUGAUUCCACGGAUGAUACUGUUAGAAUCACCACAAGGAAAGUGAGUGAAGCAGGUCAACCCAAUGGUCUCAUUCUUUGUGCUGUGUCCACCACUUGGCUGCCUUAUCCUCACCACGAUGUCUUCGAUCUUUUGAGGGAUGAACGCCGCCGAGCUCAGCUGGAGGUGCUAUCAAAUGGGAAUGCCUUACAUGAAGUGGCUCAUAUUGCUAAUGGUUCCCAUCCUGGAAAUUGCAUUUCACUCCUUAGAAUCAACGUUUCCAGCAACUCAUCACAACACGUAGACCUAAUGCUACAAGAGAGCUGCACCAACAAAUCCGGCAGCCUCGUCGUGUACUCAACCGUAGACGUCGAUUCCGUUCAGCUGGCGAUGAGCGGCGAGGACCCGUCGUGUAUCCCAUUGCUUCCGUUAGGCUUUUUUAUAACCCCAAUGGAACUGGUGAAUGAUGGUGGGUGUAAGGACGAAGCAAAUGGGCAUAAUAUUACAGCAGGGAGUUUACUCACCGUUGGACUUCAAGUUCUAGCCAGCACAAUACCAUCGGCAAAGAUCAAUCUGUCGAGCAUUGCAGCCAUUAACAAUCAUUUAUGCACCACCGUUCAACAAAUCAGUAGUGCUUUGAGUAGCAAUUGCAUCGGGUCUUGCAAUGAAGGUGACAAUGGUAAAGAAAAAUAGGGUGUUGGUGAUUCGUGAAUUACCCAUAACAUCCUUAAUUUUGUUAACUAAUUGAGGAAGUUAUUGGUAAUUGUACUGAAAAUCGUGCACUGGGAUUUGUAGUAAUUUUAAUGUGGUAAAUAAAGAGUGUAAUGAUGAUGGAGGGUUAAAUUUGAAAACUUGGGGGGGUAUAGGUGAAGUCAAGAGCGCACCAAUUGUGACCCUUUGCUUUUAAUGGUAAAGGCCACCAAUUAGCAAGGGUGGGUGGUUCGGGUAUUGACUUCAGCUUUCUUGCCCUUUUUUUGUUAAUUUUUAUAUAUAGUUAUAAUAAACCUAAGUAUUUGACUUAA